AUGAGCUCCUCGGGGGCCGCCGUCGGUGAGUGCAAGAAGACGUCUUGGCCGGAGGUGGUCGGCCUGACCAUCAAGGAGGCCAAGGAGAUCAUUCUCAAGGACAAGCCUGAAGCCGACAUCGUCGUCGUGCCGGUUGGCUCAGCGGUGACCGAAGACUUCAGGCCCAACCGUGUCCGCAUCUUCGUCGGUACCGUCGUCGAGACCCCCCACGUUGGCUAG